AUGCGCCCCUCCCUAAUCCGCCUCGCCCUCCCGCGCCCGCCCUCUGAGGCUCAGCGCCGAGCCAAGUCGUCCAUGGGUGCCACGAUCGGGUCCUUCCUCGCCGUCCUCGGCGUCGGCAUCGGCGGCUUCUUCGUCAUGAAGCAGCGCAACGUCGAGAAGGCGCGCUUGCAGUACGCCGACCGCAGGGUCAAGACGGGCGCGCUCUCGCAGAUGCAGGGCGGCGAGAAGAUUCAGUGAGGCGACGAGCCGGGCAAGAGCGGGCGCAGGAGGGAGCGCGAGCGAGGACGUUCUCGAGCGGGCAGCCGCGCAUGUUGUACAGCCUUUGUAGCCUUACGCAAAGUACCUACUUCGCACU